AUGGACAAGUUCAAUUGUCGAAGUACUUUCACAAAAAGAGAAAUGGGAUCAGCACAGAAGGACCCAGGUGUUUUCCACUUUAGCCAUCCACAUCUUUUGGAAUGCACCACCUCAACCUCCACAGCAAAUAUUGUACGUUGCUUUGGAUGCAAGCUAAAAGUUAAGUGUGGUGAGGACUAUUACCAGUGCAAAACAUGUGCUUUCUCUCUUCACCAUGUGUGCUGCAAGAUGCCCUUAAUCACAAGCCACCCUUCACAUGCAAGCCACGAUCUAGUCCUCCUUGUUAUACCUUCCACCAAUGCCACCCUCAACUGUGUCGCAUGUGGGCACCAUGUCACGGGCUUCUGCUACCACUGCGCUGAAUGCAGCAUCUUCUUUCAUGCCUUGUGUCUUGCACUCCCUAUCUCCCUCACAAUCAAAUACCACCCCCACAAAAUCAAGCUUGAGUUUUCACCACCCUAUGAGUUCUUCUGUGACUUGUGCAACAAUCCCAGUAAAGACAAUAACCGGUGGCUCUAUAGGUGCAACAUGUGUGAAUUUGACACACAUAUAGCUUGUGCCGUCGACAACUUAGAGCCCCUUUUGUUUCAAAACCCAUCUUUCCCUCAAUCAAGCCCUUUGUUAAAGCAACUUACUAGUCUCCAAGUGGAACACAAAAAGUUCAAUGCAAGUGUAGAUAGUAGUUGCAAAGGGUAUGAAUAUGAGAUCAUGAGUUUGGUAGCACAACAAAUUGAAGGGGGAAGCAGAGAAAAUCUUGAUAGUGCAACCGCUGGAUGGGACAAGAGAUUGUAUAGUAGUCCAUGGAAAAAACAUAACAGAACCGAGAGUGAGAAGAUGAAGUUUGUUGAACUUGAAUUACAAGAAAAAGAACUACGCCCUGCUGAACUUUUAUCAAAAUUAGAAGAAAGAACGCCACUUCGGGAUAAAUCGACUCCAUUGUCUGACCAUUCGGGCACAACGUUUAGUAACCAAUAUAGUGACUCAUAUUUUUCAAUAGAUUUGGCAAAGUCAUAUUCAGCCCAUGCACGUAGAAGUCACGUACAAAAAGAAGGUGGUAAUGACCAGAUAACACGAGCAGCUACUAUGCCACAGAGAAUUAACGUUGUAAGCAAUUCUGCACAACGAGAAGAACCAUUCCUUCUACUAAAUAAUAAGCUGAACGCAGCUAUUAUCAUCAAAGAAAUACGAACGAGUGAUGUUAGGAAAUCAAGCCAGAGAGUGAUGAUGGAAAAUUCUAAUGAAAGCUCCUCUAAACAGAUUGUUCAAGAUCAAACAAGUGCUAAAUCGGAGACAAUGUGGGUGACUCAGGCGAUUGAUGACUUGACUAGUCUCAUAAAGCAGAUGCCUAAAUGUUCAAAUCUAAUUAGAGAGAAACAUCGUUUUCGUUUAUCGUAA